GCAGGCUGCAAACCACAGAUAACAUUCUGCCCAGCACAGCAGGGGUCAAUUUGGUCCACUUGUCCAGUGACAAGAAGGGAAAAAAAAAAGUGGGCUGUAACUUAAAGAUCUUAAGACUCACAAAUGAGGGGUUGGUCUGGAGGUGGGAGGAGGGAGUGACAAGCCAAGGAGGAGACAGAGACUCAGGAGGGCUCGAGGAAGUGUCUUAGCUGAGGCUGGGGCCAAGCAGUGGAGGGCGGAGGGAAGUCUGCAUAAGCAAAGCAUCCUCCAGGGUCCUGAGAAUCCAGAAGCAGCUCCUCCUGCUGCUGGGAAGGGCUCCGGACACCUUCAGCCCUUGUUGCCUGCCCUCUGAGGCUCAAGCCAGAAGCUCAGGGUGCUUGCUGGGUUGCUGACACAGCCACGGAGCUGGUACCCUCAGGACCCCCUGCCCGUCUUCUCUCCGCUCCCCAGCAUGGAGGAGGGUGGCGAAUUCGACAACUACUAUGGGGCAGACAACCAGUCUGAGUGUGAGUAUACAGACUGGAAGUCCUCGGGGGCCCUCAUCCCUGCCAUCUACAUGCUGGUCUUCCUCCUGGGCACUUCUGGCAAUGGCCUGGUGCUCUGGACUGUGUUUCGGAGCAGCCGCGAGAAGAGGCGCUCGGCUGACAUCUUCAUCGCCAGCCUGGCGGUGGCCGACCUGACUUUCGUGGUGACCCUGCCGCUGUGGGCCACCUACACGUACCGGGACUAUGACUGGCCCUUUGGUACCUUCGCCUGCAAGGUCAGCAGCUAUGUCAUCUUUGUCAACAUGUACGCCAGUGUCUUCUGCCUCACUGGCCUCAGCUUCGACCGCUACCUGGCCAUCGUGAGGCCAGUGGCCAAUGCUCGGCUCAGGCUGCGGGUCAGCGGGGCUGUGGCCACGGUGGUCCUGUGGGUGCUGGCCGCCCUCCUGGCCACGCCGGUCAUGGUGUUCCGCUCCACUGGGGACCUGGACAAUACCACCAAAGUGCAGUGUUACAUGGACUACUCCAUGGUGGCGACCUCGAGCUCCGAGUGGGCCUGGGAGGUGGGCUUGGGGGUCUCGUCCACCGCUGUGGGCUUUGUGGCACCCUUCAUCAUCAUGCUGACCUGUUACUUCUUCAUCGCCCAAACCAUCGCCGCCCACUUCCGCAAGGAGCGCAUCGAGGGCCUGCGGAAGCGGCGCCGGCUGCUCAGCAUCAUCGUGGUGCUGGUGGUGACCUUCGCCCUCUGCUGGAUGCCCUACCACCUGGUGAAGACGCUCUACAUGCUGGGCAGCCUGCUGCACUGGCCCUGUGACUUCGACCUCUUCCUCAUGAAUGUCUUCCCCUACUGCACCUGCAUCAGCUAUGUCAACAGCUGCCUCAACCCCUUCCUCUACGCCUUCUUCGACCCCCGCUUCCGCCAGGCCUGCGCCUCUAUGCUCUGCUGGGGCGAGAGCAGGUGUGGGGCUACCUCCCACAGCAGCAGUGGGGAGAAGUCGGCCAGCUACUCCUCGGGGCACAGCCAGGGGCCCGGUCCCAACUCGGGGAAGGGCGGAGAGCAGACGCAUGAGAAAUCCAUCCCCUACAGCCAAGAGACCCUUGUGGUUGACUAGGGCUGGGAUCCAAGAGAAGCCCCGUGCCCUCUGCCUUGCCUCAGCCUUUGCCCUUGCUCUCUGAAAGUCAGGUAGCAUGAAUGCGCCUUCUCUCUUGCACUUGACUCUUUUCCCUGCUCCCUGUCUCUCUCCUCCGUCUUGUCCUCCUUUCUCCUCUAUUCUUGUCCAGAGGUUUGUGGAUUGGUGGAAGGAGGCUGCGCCCUGCAGGCUCGUGCUCUGCAACUCAGUGUCUGUGCAACUGACCUUGCACAAGUCUCUUACCUCUCUGAGCCUCAGUUUCUCCAUUUGUAUAAAAUGGGAGAAGUCAUACUGACACUAAAAUGUUGAUGUGCGUAUCCUGGCUCAAUAAAAGUUCAUUUCCCUCCACCCCUUUUCUUGGAUCUUCAGCUCCCUUUUCUUCCUCCUUUUCUUUUACUUUUCUCUCCCCUCUUCCUCCUUCUGUGUUUCCCUCUAUCUCUGCAAUUUUUACUCUGAAUCCUUAUCUUCUGGCUCCUACUCCCUCUCCCAUAGCUCGUCCCCCUCCCUCAAUCCCUCCUUCCUCCCUUUUGCCUCCUUGUUCUAAAGGGCUCCUAAGGGUGAAGAAUCCUGAAGCCUGAAAACACUACUUCUGUUCAAGCUCUUUAUCCAGGUCCCUGAGAGAGCCAGGGAAAGGGCUGGGGCGGGGGUGGGGGGCUGGGUGUCAGCAAAUAGUGCUCCAAUCUCUGCAGCUACGAGCUCCAAAACUUUCCCCCAAAUCAGAUUAGUUUGCUGUAAGUUUGGGCACUGACGGUAGAGCCAUCCCAGAAGCGGGCCUCCCUCCCUGCAGCCCUUCCAUGAUGCCAACUUGAUAUGCUUUCUGCAGAUUUCCUCAGACCGUUCCAUUCAUCCUCUGUUCUCUGUGGGGAUUGGAAGGCAAUGGGUUGAUGAAGCAACAGGCUCCUUGGUUUCAUUCUUUGAUUGGGGAGUUGGGAAGGGAAAGUGGAGAAAGAGGGGAGUCUGCAUGUAGUCUAUAUGCUACUUGGCUUUCUUCCCCAAAUCCUCACCCCUUCAACCUCCUCCAGAACUGUGAGCUACAGGUCUUCCCCAUCUCCCCACCCCACCCUGUCAGCCCAGGACACUUUUCUUGGGCACUGGUGCUAGUUGGUGCCAAGAGUGACUUUGGUGGGGAUGGGAUGCUUGCUUUGUGUGUGUGUGUAUAUAUAUAUAUAUAUUAGCAUGGAUGUGCAUAACAUGAAGAGCAGUGUGCCUGUGUCACUUGUCACUUGUAUGAACACCCCCAACCCCCCACAUCUCCACUCUUCACACAAUAUCCUUGAGGGAAGAAGGGACAUAUUGAGGGAAUAUAGAAUAAAAAUGAGUCUACCCCCCACUGGAUUUGGGGGCUCUGACGGCUGGUCCGUGCUUUAAGAGAGGAAUCUAUGUUUGCAGUGGGCUCCCUAUGGGGAGACUUCUCCCCAAAGCAGCUGGCACCCAAGGCUUGGGGAAGUCCUAUGUGCUGGGCCCCUGCCCUUCCCCAGUUCCAUAAACAGGAGGCUGGUUAAAAGCUUCCCUUGGCCCCUUUCCCACACCUCCCCACCUUGCUUUGAGUUUACGAGCAUUUCCCUCAUCACUCUCUCCUUUUCCAGGGUCAAUGGACUUCUUCCUAAGGGAGGGCACCUGCUUUCCAUGGGGUGAAAAACAUUGGGUGGAUUUUUUCUCACCUCACUGUCAAUAUUGGACCCCUGGGCUUUUCCUGCUGGAUUGGGGGGCUGGGAACAGUGACUGGAGCAGCCAUGUAGGGCUGACAGCAUGACAUCCACACCGCCAGAGAGACCUUGAGGAUGAAAUUGAUGGUGGGGCCUUUGUGAGCUGGGGGUGGGAUGUGUAUAUUCCGGGUUUUGUUCUUGGAGGAUUCUGGACGUGAAGGACAAGACAUGAGCCAUGCAGGCAGGAAGAGCCCAGCUUGAUGUAAAAGGACUUCUUGACAACUGCUGGGAUGGAGCCAGCUCUGGGAGCAGAGGGAGGAGGAGAGGGAAGAGGCUCCUCUCAGCUUAGUGUCCCCAUCACAGGCUAGAAUCUUUCACAGACUCACUUUCUUGGCCCAGGGCUGUCGCCAAAGCAUCCAGUCAAGACUGGAGGGGGCUUCUAGAAGGGAAGGGGGUGCCCCUCUGAGGCCCUCCUGAGUGAUCUGCAGGGAUCACUGCCUGGAGUCCUGCCUGGAGCUCGUCAGUGGGCCUGGACAGAGGGUGGAGGAGGCUGCCUGCUGUGAUGCUCCCUCAUCCCCCACCCGCCCCUUCUUUGGAAUGUCUGUGCUAUUUUCUGACCCUGUUUGUCACUGCGGUUCAUCAAAUAAAUCUCUUUUGUGUAA